UUUUAGUCAAUUGAAAAGGCCCAAAUCUCUGGUAAAUUUGGAUCAUAUAACCACCAGCUCACCUAUAAAAAACGACCCACCUUGUUUCUUGUUGCUCAUUCAAGAUUUCCUCCACUGGAGAAAGCUGUAGGAGAGAUCAAACAAAGACAUGGAGGAGAGUUCCAGCCAUGGAGGCGUUGCAUUAGAUGUGAAAGGUGGUGGCGAUCCUUCCAAUCUCACAUCUCUCCCCACUUCUUCCAAAAUCAAGGAUGAUUCAAGCCUCACUUUUUCUGUUCCUUUCUUCCAAAAGUUGAUGGCAGAGUUGGUGGGGACAUAUUUCUUGAUAUUUGCUGGGUGUGCUUCUGUGACUGUGAACAAAGACUUUGAGGGGGUGGUUACCCUUCCAGGAAUAUCAAUUGUCUGGGGUUUGGUUGUGAUGGUCUUGGUUUACUCUGUUGGUCACAUCUCUGGUGCACAUUUUAACCCUGCUGUCACCAUUGCUCAUGCUACUUGCAAGAGAUUUCCAUGGAAACAGGUGGCACCCUAUGUGCUGUGUCAAGUAAUUGGUUCAACCUUGGCUGCUGGGACUCUUAGGCUGCUAUUUAGUGGGCAUCAAGACCAAUUUGCAGGAACAAAGCCGGCGGGAUCCGAUUUACAAUCUUUCGUGAUAGAGUUCAUAAUCACAUUCUACCUCAUGUUUGUCAUUUCUGGUGUUGCAACUGAUAACAGAGCUAUUGGUGAACUUGCAGGUCUUGCAGUCGGUGCAACGGUCCUACUUAACGUGAUGAUUGCAGGACCAAUAUCAGGAGCAUCCAUGAAUCCGGCUAGAUCGUUGGGGCCUGCCAUUGUUUCAGGUGAAUACAAGGGCAUAUGGAUAUACUUGGUAGCUACGACCAUCGGAGCAAUAGCGGGGGCAUGGGUGUAUAACAUGGUCAGGUACACAGACAAGCCGUUGCGCGAGAUUACAAAGAGUGCUUCUUUCAUAAAGAGCGCAACCAAAAGCAAUGGUUCUGGUUGACAAUAAUAAGAAGUUUGUGUUGCCUAUUACCUUAUCAACUUGACUAGUCUUUUUUUCCUUCUCCUUUCCUUUGUCCCCUGUUGUCUGUUAAGUUUAUGGAGAUUUAUCAAGGUCAAUAGACAGCAAAAAAAGAAAGAAAAUGCAUCUGUCAUUCUAGGGCAGCAAUAAAGAUGGAUACUUGAGCA